AUUCUGUUGAUAAAUGAAAUACAAGCUCUGUAGAAUUUAUUAGAAAUGAACAAUGACCUGUUUCUGGAUUUUAAUUUUGAUCUUCAUCACCAUGUAUAAAGUUCAACCUGGUAGACGCUGGGUUACUGCACAGUCCCUCACAGAGUCAGUUUAUCAGCCUGAUAAAGAGCUCAGCGUGAAUAUUGGAGACUCGGCUACUCUACGGUGUUGUAUUGCUGAAAAUGCAGUUGGAAUAAUUACAUGGUUUAAGCAAAUAAACAGAGAAAAACCUCAGCUUAUGGUCAGAGUGUAUAAAAGUGGUGGAGAAGUGUUUUACUCUAGAUUCCAAAAGUCUCGUUUUCAAAUAGAGAGAUCUUCAAACUGCUGCAAUAUGACCAUUUUAAACAUCAUUCAGUCUGAUGAAGCCAUGUACUACUGUGCAGUGACGAUACCCAACCUUGUGUUUGGAGAUGGAACUUAUUUAAAAAUUAAAGAAACACCUAAACCUGCUCUGAGUGAUAAUUCAGUGGUGUGUGAACCAACACUGCAUGGAAACAACACUAACAUGAACACACAGGAAAACACAGUGAUCGGUUUGGGAACGGCAUUGGGUUUGUGCGCACUUCUGAUUUUCUGUCUCACUUAUUUCAUACUGAGGAGAAAAUCUGAAAACUCUAGAUUGAAAUCUCCUAUAGGACAUUCCACAGGAAAGAGUCAGGAAUCUGAAGCGGAAUCACUGAAUUAUGCAGCUUUGCAGUUCUCCAAGAAGAAAGCCAAAGCUGGAAAAAGGAAACCUGGCUCAUCAGAUGAGUGUGUGUACUCCGAUGUGACUACAACUGUUAGAUAUAACAUAGUUGAUUCAUAACCAGACAGUAUUUUACCAAAAAUACAUGAAAAUAUUUUGACCAUAGGCAAAUGCACUUCAUAUAUUUAACUUCAAUGAAAAAAAAGUAGAAAAUUCUAGAAAUCUUUUGUUUACACUAAUCUCAUAAUAGGAAUUAUAUAAGCUGCAUAUAUUUAAGAUGUUAUUUUGCAGUUUAUAGACAUUUCAAUGCUUCAGGAUUUAUUUCUGUGCUCAUGGUUAAAGGAAAUACUCAUGUUUAUGUAUUUUAUUUGAUUUUAUUAUUUCUUUGAAGUGUUGAAGUAUGAACUUUCAGUCACAGGGAAGUUCUAAAAAAAUCCAACUUGUAUGAUUUUUUUGUUUUGUGAUUUUUUGUAAUGCAUCUGUAUUGUGCUGUCUACAGAUUUUAUGUCUUCAUGUUUAUGACUAUUUAUUGUUAAUUAAACAAUAAAUGUAAAAAGCAA